AUGAAGAUAGAGGACGUACUGGUACAGCGGCUGCAGAAGAGGAAGAGGGAGCAGGCCGGCCAUUGCCAGCGCGGCACCGAGGACGGCUUCAAGCGAAUCGAGGCCCAGGUCCGCGAGGCCAAGCGCGUGCGACGCCACGAGAUGGCGGCCGCCCUCUCCACGUCUACAUCAUCAUCCCCAUCACCAUCACCAUCAUCAGUACCACCACCAUCAGCAGCAGCAACGCGAAGCUGGCGAGGCGAAGCGGCACCGGGUGAUGCGGCGUGCAAGCUCGUCCAGGUCCAGCAGCACAGGCAGCACCAGUACCUGCUCCUCCAGAUCCAGCGGCAAAUCCUCCUGGCCCAGCGCCACCACCGACGAACGACGGCUGCCACGUCAUCGGCCACGGCCGCGGUCGGCUGCGCCGCGGCCACGCGAAGAAGAGCUUCGCUGUGUCGGCAGUCGACACGACGAGAGUCGCCGAAAACGACGAUGGCGGCGACGACGGUGACGGUGAAGACCGAAAAGAACGAAGACGGCGACGAAAACGACGGGAAAGAGACACAAAAGAACGAAGAGAGCACCUUCGGCGGCAGCAGCAGCUCGACGGCCGCGCCAUUAAUGUCGACGACGUGGCUGCCGCUGCCCGCGGGCGAACGGUGCGGCGCUGUGCGACUGCCGCCCCUCGUGUCCCUCUUUGCCGAACCGUCCUGA